AUGCCUUCAACCGUCAAAAUCGACUCUGUCACCGAAUCCCCAAUUGAGAAUAUCCCAUCCAGUCCCCCUCUUGACGACGAAGCAAACAUCACACCUUGGUCCGAAGUCUGCCGAUUGGUCGAACGCAAGAAAAAGACUAGAAUGCCAAAAGUUUUGACGCCAUUCGCACCACCUACUAGGGAGCAAGUCGAAGAAACACCCAAUCCGAUGGACAAGUAUUUCUUCUCUCCACGCCCCAAGAUAGUAAAGCGGAAGAGGGAGGCCAGUGAAUACGCACUACAAUGGGUAAACAGCCAAGAAUUUAACGAUAGUGAGCAACCUUUGGUCCAAUUUGCGCAUGCCGUAGCCAUUGAGGAGGAAGGCGGGAAACCAAAGCGUCAAAAGUGCAAUAAAGCUACCAUAAGCUUCGAGGAAGAUGAAGGAGCGGAAGAUGAGCAGAGCGGGGGGGAGGAAGAACUGGAUGAGAAUAGCCAGCACGAGGGUGAUGAACAAAUUUCAGAGGAAUAUUACGAAGAUAAAGAUGGUAACGAACAAAGGGUUGAACACGAUUAUAGUGAACACCAAGACGGAGACGACGAGUAUGAUGAAACUUCUGACGACAACGAUGACGAAGAUAACGAAGAGUCCUCCGAAUUGCUCGCCGAGAUCAAGGAGCGAGGAGCGGAGGAAGGGGCUUCGAGUGGUUCCAGUGUUAUCUCGAACUUGUCCGAUUUGACAGAAAACGAACGCAUGUAUUGGCUUUUCAAGGGAAAAGGUCUCUCUUCGAGAUACAAGCGAGAGAACUUUGCGCAACGACAAGGCAAACCAGACGGUUGGCUCAGCCGAACUCAGAAGUUUUAUCGACCAGAACGGCGAGAGGAAUUGUACCUACGCUCGCCUUGCCUAGAUAGAGGCCCGAAGAGCUCAGGAAACUAUCGGGAUCAAGACGCAGAAUGGGGGAGCUCAGAUGAAGAGCUUGUUUUUGUCCCGACCCCCCCACGUCAAGAAUCACCUGCGAAGGGGCUCCCCAAGGGCGCCGAGGAGCAAGGAGAGGGCGCUUCGGAAACUGAAUCAGUUCCAGAGUUCAUCCUAAAUAUUGCCCGAGGGAAUGCACGCGGGGAUGCCCCUCCGAAGAAGCAAGAAAACGACGACGACGAAGACAACUGGAAUUUCGUCCACAAGAUCGUUAGCGUCGAUGAGAACGAAGAGUGGAAAUAUGAGAUUAAAGUAUUCCGUAAUAACAAGGAAUAG